AUGGGUUUUUCCUCUCUCCACGUCUGCAUGGAACCAUCAGACCACUGGCUGCAGGGCACAAGUCACGAGGAGUGUGGGAUGGAUUCUUCUUCACCAUCUGGUGACAUGCUUCAGUGUUCAAGGCCAAUGACUGAGAGGAGGCUAAGACCCCCGCAAGAGCAUGCCCUCAAGUGCCCCAGGUGUGAAUCAACCCACACCAAGUUCUGCUACUACAACAACUAUAGUCUUUCCCAGCCAAGGUACUUCUGCAAGACUUGUAGGAGGUACUGGACCAAAGGAGGCACUCUUAGGAACAUUCCUGUGGGUGGUGGUUGCAGAAAGAACAAGAAAGUUUCUACUAAGAAACCGAAUGAUCACCAAACAGCUAUUAAUCAAAAUCAAACACAGUAUGGAGCCUCUUAUCAUCAUAAUCCCAAAGAUCUCCAACUUUCCUUCCCAGAUGUGCAAUUUUCCCACCUCAACAAUUUACUUGGGACUAAUGCCGGGGCACUAGGAAACCCUAAUUUUAUGGAAAACAAGUAUAACAUUGGCAUUAUCGAGAACCCCAGGCCUAUUGAUUUCAUGGAAAGCAAUGGUAUGAUUAGGAGUUCUACAAGGAAUUUUGACUUUCUUGAAAACAGUGAUGUGGGUGGGGGUGGUGGUGUUGAGCUUGGUGAUAUGAGUGGUUACAAUGGAUUGCCAUUAAAUUAUCAAGGUCUUUGCUCCCCGGCAUUUGGGGGCAUGUCCCUUGAUGGAAGCAUUAGCAAUGUUGGAAGUUAUAUAAUGGACUACUCCUGCCAGCGACUUAUGUUGCCCUAUGAUGGAGGUGACAACCACGAUGGUUCAAUUGAUGUGAAGCCAAACCCUAAGCUAUUGUCUCUUGAAUGGCAAGAUCAAGGUUGCUCUGACGCUGAAAAAGUGUCACAGCUUGGAUAUCUUAAUUGUUCAGGAUCAUGGACCGGUUAUGGACCUUCCACAACAAACCCUUUGGUCUAG